AUGUUCUUAGCGGUGAUUAGAGCUCGUGCCACGGCGGCUCCGUUGAACGCGGCGUACACGGCGGAGGAAUUCGAGUUUUAUCUCUCCGAUUCAGAUUCAAAGCUAUUGUUAACUUCUCAAGAAGGAAACGGACCGGCUCAAGAAGCAGCUUCGAAGCUAAACAUCUCUCACGUCACCGCCACGCUGCUUGACGCUGGCUCGGACCUUGCUCUGUCCGUGGCAGAUUCCUACUCGGUCGUUGACUCAGCGGCGGAACUCGUUAAUAGCCCCGAAGACGCGGCUCUCUUCCUCCACACUUCAGGCACCACGAGCCGUCCAAAGGGUGUACCGCUUACGCAGCUCAAUCUAGCAUCAUCAGUUCGGAACAUUAAAUCGGUUUACAAACUUACCGAGUCUGAUUCGACUGUGAUUGUUCUCCCUCUGUUCCACGUUCAUGGAUUGAUGGCUGGAUUGCUUAGCUCGCUUGGAGCUGGUGCGGCUGUGACUCUCCCAGCUGCUGGUAGAUUCUCAGCAACAACGUUUUGGCCAGACAUGAAGAAGUAUAACGCCACUUGGUAUACUGCUGUUCCCACCAUUCAUCAGAUCAUAUUGGACCGCCACGCGAGUCACCCUGAGUCGGAAUACCCGAAACUCCGGUUCAUUAGGAGCUGCAGUGCUUCUUUGGCUCCGGUGAUAUUGUCUAGGCUUGAGGAAGCUUUUGGAGCACCGGUUCUAGAGGCCUAUGCAAUGACAGAAGCAACCCACCUGAUGAGUUCCAACCCCUUACCGGAGGAAGGUCCACACAAGCCUGGGUCUGUUGGGAAACCGGUGGGUCAAGAAAUGGCGAUCCUCAAUGAGAAAGGCGAGAUACAAGAGCCAAAUAGCAAGGGUGAGGUUUGUAUAAGAGGUCCAAAUGUGACAAAGGGUUACAAGAACAACCCAGAGGCCAACAAGGCAGGUUUCGAGUUUGGGUGGUUCCACACUGGUGAUAUCGGUUACUUCGAUUCCGAUGGGUAUUUGCAUCUGGUGGGUCGGAUCAAAGAGCUUAUUAACCGUGGAGGUGAGAAGAUAUCUCCAAUUGAAGUGGAUGCAAUACUCUUAACUCAUCCCGACGUUUCUCAGGGAGUUGCGUUUGGGGUUCUUGAUGAGAAAUAUGGCGAAGAGAUUAACUGUGCGGUGAUUCCAAGGGAAGGAACAAUUGUGACCGAAGAAGACAUUAAAGCCUUUUGUAAGAAGAAUAUGGCAGCUUUCAAGGUGCNAAAGAGAGUGUUCAUCACUGAUAACCUCCCCAAAACUGCAUCCGGUAAGAUUCAGCGCCGUAUCGUCGCGCAGCAUUUCCUCGAAAAACCCUGA